AUUUAUGACAUUCUGUCUGGUUGUUUACUCAAUUCACCUAUGUAGGUACUUCAUAGUUUUUAAAUUUGAAGAGUAAACAUAAUAUUUCCAAAUAAACUAAUUAAUGAACUUCAAAUAUCUUGGAAAUAAGACUGGAAUAAGGAUUUAAGAUGGCAAGGAAUGCAGAGAAAGCUAUGACUACAUUAGCCCGGUGGCGGGCUGCACAAGUGCAAGAAGCUGGCGGUCAAAGGGAACGAAGGCCAUACCUCGCUUCAGAAUGCAAUGACCUGCAACAGGCAGAAAAAUGGAGGUUACAGAUUGUGAGAGAAAUUGCAAAGAAAGUGGCGCAAAUACAAAAUGCUGGUUUAGGUGAGUUUCGAAUACGGGAUCUCAACGAUGAAAUAAACAAAUUGAUGAGGGAGAAACGCCACUGGGAGGUGCAGAUUAAAUCCCUCGGAGGACCAGAUCAUGCCCGCGUGGGGCCCAAGAUGUUGGACCAGGAUGGGAAAGAAGUGCCGGGGAAUAGAGGGUAUAAAUAUUUUGGGGCUGCAAAAGAUCUACCAGGUGUCCGUGAGCUAUUCGAACAAGAACCGCCGCCGCCGCCGCGCCGUACUCGCGCAGACUUGAUGCGAGAUGUGGACGCCGACUACUACGGGUAUAGGGAUGAUGAGGAUGGCCUGUUGAUACCGUUAGAAGAAGUUGCUGAAAAGGAGGCGAUAGCAAGAGCAGUGGACGAGUGGAAACGAAAUAAGGAAGAAAACAAAGAGCAGGAUAUACCAGAGGAAGAGAAUAUAUACCCAGAGGACCCUGACGAUAAGCGAAUAGAAGACGAUAGUGAUACAGAAAAGCCAGUCUCACAUGUCGCAGUGCCGUCACAAAAGGACGUAGAAGAAGCGCUUCUAAGGAGAAAGAAACAGGAGCUUCUAGAAAAAUAUGGAUGUCUAGACGUUAAAGUCGAGGAUAGCUGACGUAGAUUUUAAGUUAGGGUUUUAAGAAUAUACUUUUUAAAUACCGAU